CAUAUAGCAACUAGUUUUGUGCCUUGUUGAUCUCUUAAAACAUAGUUGUAUAUUAUAUUGAUCUUGCAAUGUUGGCCUGAGAGAGCGCAGUGCAGAUAUGGAGAGAAACCAAUCUCAUGCUGCUCAUCGUCAUCUUCUUGCAUAUUCCAUCAUACGUAAACUACGUCACGUGUUUAAAGCAAACAGAUCCAAAUUUGCAAUAGCUGAUGAAGGCCAAAUUUCAAACACAGAAAAAGAAGAAGAAGAAGAAGACGACUCAGAGCCCUUUGAGAAGCUCGUAGAGAUGAGCCUUCCGUGUGAUGCAUGCGUGGAACAAAAACUGUGUUGGUUACGGUCUCAGAUAAUAGGUUACCAUGCAGAGUUCAACUCUCCUUUUGGAAAGCGAAUACUUGUCUAUGCUGAUCACACGGCUUCUGCUCGCAGCCUUUACUUCAAUGAAACCUUCAUCACCAAUCAUCUUCUUUCUUUCUACGGAAACACUCACACGUGUGACAGUUACGUGGGAAGCAGGACAACAAAAAUGGUGGAGGAAGCAAGUGAGUACAUGAAAAAAUGUUUAGGUGGUGGGGAAGAUGAUGCACUUAUAUUAUGUGGCUCGGGCACAACUGCAGCCAUCAAGAGGCUGCAAGAAGUGAUGGGAAUCGCUGUGCCCUCUAUUUUGAGGGAAAGGGUUUUGAAGAGCCUUGGCACUAAAGAAAGAUGGGUGGUUUUUGUUGGACCUCAUGAGCACCAUUCAAACCUUCUUUCUUGGAGGCAAAGCUUGGCUGAGGUGGUAGAGAUUGGUUUUGAUGAUAAAGGCUUGCUUGACAUGGAUGCUCUAAGGUUACAACUUGAGACCUACAAAGAUACAAAUCGACCCAUGUUGGGAUCUUUCUCAGCUUGUAGCAAUGUCACUGGAAUCUACUCAGAUACACCAGCAAUUGCUCAGCUUCUUCAUCAUUACAAAGCCUUUGCAUGCUUUGAUUUUGCAGCCAGCGGUCCAUACGUGGAAAUAAAGAUGAGGUCGGGGCAGAGUGAUGGGUAUGAUGCAGUGUUUCUGAGUCCACACAAGUUUCUGGGUGGUCCUGACUCUCCUGGAUUGCUCCUCAUGAACAAGGCCCUCUAUCGGUUGAGAUCUUCGCCGCCAUCAACUUGUGGAGGUGGAACCGUCGAUUACGUCAAUGGCUUCGACGAGAAGGAUACAGUGUACAUGGAGAAAAUAGAGGAAAGGGAAAACGGGGGCACGCCUCCUAUAAUCCAGACAGUGAGAGCAGCAUUGGCAUUUUGGGUGAAAGAAUACAUAGGCUACAAAGAGAUUGAGAAACGUGAACAACAUUACAUUAACAAAGCACUCAAAAGACUCGAGUCCAACCCAAACAUUGAAAUUCUUGGUAACUUGAGCACUAAGCGACAAGCUAUAUUGUCAUUUAUCAUAUACUCUACCACAAAUAGUUCUUCAUCACAUGGUUGGGGCAUUAAAUGGCUAAGAGAACGUAAUUUAUGGAGCAAAAGAGGUAAGCUACUUCAUGGCCCUUUUGUUGCAACACUUCUAAGUGACCUCUUUGGCAUCCAAGCUCGUGGUGGCUGUGCUUGUGCUGGACCUUAUGGCCAUCAAUUGCUCAAUAUCAACAAAUCUCAAUCACUUGCUAUUAGAUCAACAAUCCAAGAGGGUUAUGUUGGAGUGAAACCUGGCUGGACUAGGGUUAGCUUUCCUUAUUACAUGGACUGCGAGGAAUUUGAGUUCAUUUUAACAGCAAUAGAGUUUGUAGCAAUCUAUGGCCAACGCUUCCUUCCCUUGUAUAGCUUCAAUUUGAGAAACGGCAGCUGGAGAAUGAAGACAGACCAGCUUGAGGCUCUGAUGAAGAAAAAUAACUGCAACUUUCAAAUAACUGUAGAGGAAACAAACAGUGAAUCGAAAGCACUUGGAGUUAAACAAACUAGUAAGUUAAGGAAAUCAUACUUAGAUAAAGCAAAAUAUAUUGCUAGUCUUCUCCCCAAGUUCCCUUCUGAAGGCAUACUCCAUGGAAAUGUAAAUCCCAGUAUCCUCUAUUUUAGAGUUUAAUUAUCUGCCAAAUACCAAACAUAAAUUCUAAAUCUAUAUAUCUUGUUUGGA